CAUGUGGGAAAUGUUGGAUCCCGACCUAGAGUGUGGCAAUGAGUGUGGGGGGCCGGGGCCUCCCCCGGAGUUUCUCGUGCCACCGCCACCCCGGCCACCGUUCCUGGCGGAGCUGGUCAACUGCAACGAGGAGCAGCUGCAGCAGACACCGUUCGGUGGUGGCGCCACCGGUUCCUUCGCCGACGUCGACAUGUGCGAGGCGUUCCCGAUCAUCGACGCCAGCUACCAUAGUGGCCCAUCAUUCCAAACCUCCGCCAUGAUAGUGCUGUGUUCGGGACUUUUGUUGUUAGUCAUCUUUAUUUCAUCGUUACUAGUGUGGAAACACAAACGAAAAGUUCAAAACUUCCUGCCAUGCAAGACGCCUACCCGUGGGCCACCGCAUCUGGACGCGACAGGUGUAUCCGCGGCACACUCCGUGACGUACGAGGAUCCGGACGUACACUUAGGCCAUCAUCCGCUGGUAAUGCGGCAUCAUCACCAUCACCAUCAUCACCACAAUAUGGAGCUGCACGCGAAACAGAUCCAUUAUCCUAGCGGAUACCCGAUGCCACGGUCGCCGCCAUUGUUUAUCUGCUCGUCGCCCGGUCCGGAUCCGUACCGAUCGCAUGACAACGUGUACGAGGAGCUAGAGCACGGUCCGGGGCGGGACACGGACUCGGAACCACCGAUCCAGUCGGACGAUGACUUUGCCGAGGAUGAGCUAAGCUUGCCGGGCGACCGCUCCUUCCACAAAUCGCCAUCGGAUGGUGGCACUACGGUGGCCACGAUCUACCACGAUCGCAGCAAUGGCGGCAGUAGCAACAGUGCGGCCACGACAGCAUCCGGCUCUACCGUGCCGGUCACGGAUGGGCUGAUGGUGACUCCCGGUGGUCAGCCCGGUGCUGCCCCCUACCUCGAGCGAAACCGCACCGAACGCAACUCGCUCCUAUCGUCGUCGUCCUCGUCCGGCAAUGACAAUAACCAUCCCCUGCACCACACCGGACAUCGGGUCGCAGCGGCCGGCGGUAAUGGCACUUCGACACCUUCCGGUGCGAACAACAACGGCGGUGGAGGUGCUGCCUGCGGUGGCAAUAGCCAGGGUAACAACAAUAAUGGUAGUAAUAGCAGUGGUAGUAGCAGUGCCAGCAACAGCAACCGCAACUCCAACUCCAGCACGGACUGUGGGAACAACAACAAUAACAACCACCACCACCCUGGCAGCGUGGCCAACGGUGCGAACGGUGCUAGCUGUAAUGGUAAUGGUGUAGUGUCGUCAUCGUUAGGAUUGUUCCGUACGCGCAAGCAUCAUCCUGCCACGUUGGGCGGAUCCGGUCGAAGGACCGGUGGUGGACAUCCGUUUGCUGCCGGCGUAGUGAACACGUGCCCGAGCCCGUUGGACGGUGGACCGCUUGGGGGUGGAGAUCCGGUCGUACUGCCGCCGAUGUACGACGAGCGGGGCAUGAUGACGUUACCACCGCCAGCCUACAAUCACACCCUCGCGACGAGUCAUCACCAUCACCAUCCGCACCAUGGGCACCAUAGUCAUCACCUGAACAGCGUUAAUAAUAAUUCCACCACCGGCAGUCGGUCCAACUACUACAGCACGAUCGACGAUGCGGGCGAGCUGUUGGAUCCGGUGGAGCGGCGGAAUCGCAUCAACGCGCAACUGUCCGCCUCGGCCUCCGGACCCAUCGGUACCGUGUCGACCAUCUUCCGCAACGGGCACCGUGGACCGGUGGCGCCCGGGUACGGUGUGCCACCCGGUGGUGGACGCUCGCGAACGAACCCCCGUGCGUCCGACCGGCGAACCGGUGGACGGAAUGGGAAUGGGGGUAACCAGCUGGCCGUAAUAUCGGCACCGCAAGAUCCCUCGCAGUAUAUCUACCACGAGCCCGUCUUCCACGAGGGCCUCAUCUACGAUGGGUGCCUAUCGCACACGUACAGCGAUCGGAGCGGUGGCAGCGGUAGUACCGGUACGGGCAGUACGGGCGGUGUCGCCUACCAUCCCUACAUUCUGCCACAGUUCACCACCUUCCGGAACGGUAGCGUACCGGGUAUUGUAGGUGGUGGCGGCAAUGGAGGAGUACCACCGUCAUCGCAUCCUGCCGGCCAUUCGAUAUACUCGCGCGAUUCGAGCUUCGGGUCCGAUUCGGGUUACAGUCAGCAUACGCAAACGUCGAACCGAAGCGUGGCCGGUUGGAGUCAACGUCGACCAACCGGACAAUCUACCACGUCCAGUAAUGGUCCUGGUGGUGGUUGCAAUAGUGUUAGUGGCGUUGCAGCAGUACCCCCGAAAGCAGCCAACACAGCCGAACAGCAGCCUUCAACAGUGCCACCGACGAUGGUGGACUCUUGA